AUGAAAUUCGCUACCGCGCUUCUUAAUCUCGCUCUCUUUGGUUUGGCUAGUGCCGGUAAUUUCACCAAUCCUCUUCGUCAAAGCGGCCCGGAUCCUUUCAUCGUCUACGAUCAUGACACCUCAUCUUAUCUUUUCAUGCAGACUAGUGGCAAUGGUCUUCGAGUUACCAAAACUCCUACUUUAGAUGGUAUUAGGGACUUUGCCAAUGAGAAACUCGUUUUUCAGAAUCAAGAUAUGAAGGACAACCCCAGUGUGUGGGCUGGAGAGAUUCAUAAGAUCGAUGGUAAUUGGUAUAUCUAUUAUUCUCAUAAAGAUGCCGUUUGGGUCGUCUCCGGAGGUAGUGAUCCUGUUGGUGAAUACAAGGACCCUGUUCGACUUUACGACAGGGGAUGGAGUCUCGAUAACACAGUGCUCACAGUUGGGGGCAAGAAUUAUCUCGUGUACUCCUGUCACUCCUCAGACGUUUCAGACAAUACCAUCGGUGGUUCCUCGAUCUGUAUUUCACCUCUGGUUACCCCUAUUCAAAUCGAUCAAGAUCAGGUCACUGUUGUCAGCAGACCAGAGCAAUCCUGGGAACAAUCUGGUGGAAAUACCAAUGAAGGUCCUCAGGCGUUCUCUUGGGCCGGGCAAACGUACAUCACCUACUCUGCGAGUUUCUGCUCGACCCCUGAUUACAGUCUUGGUCUACUUCAUUUGACUGGUGACAAUCCAAUGGACGCUGCCCUCUGGACCAAGAAGACGGACGAUCCAGUCUUCAAGUCAGGUAACGGAGAAUACGGUCCUGGGCACAACGGCAUGUUCAUAUCCCCUGACGGCACGGAGCUUUGGAACGUCUAUCAUGCAACUUGGCACCCCGAAGGUCAAUGUGGUGAUGAUCGAUCCACAUUCGCUAUGAGAGUUGAUACUACAAACGGUCUUAACUUUGGAUCGCCUGUCACACCAGGGGUAUAUCAAGCACCAUCAGGUGAAGCAGGAGUCACUGGACAGAAAAGCAUCAUCUAUUCUAACUCUACAACUCCUCUUACGGAACCCACGAUUAUAGCUGCCUAUGCCUCCCCCGAAGCCCUCAGCGCUCCUGCCACUAUUGGUGGGGUGGAAGCUGCACAAGCAACCGUCACUGCCUUGGUAGAUUCACGAUCCUGCGCGGAGUCUCAGUCGAAGAGAAAAAGAUCCAGAUUUCUCCCCGAAGCUUACUAG